CCCAAAGGACACUUUUCCAAACGAGGAGAUGGGCGGGCGGAGAUGCAGAAGCGGCUGGCAUGGAAAAACAUCGCCUUCUCGGCGGCCGCCGGGCGUUUUGGUGAUCUGCCUGGCUUCCUUGGCUGUGAGCAGGGGUGCCCUGAUGGAGACAAUCAUCGUCAACAACACAGCAGCAGGCAAAGCCGGCGAGGCAGCCGCCGCGCUUCAUAAGGCGAUUGAGGCGGCAAACGGGCAGGACGGAGCCGACGACGUCAUCUCAUUUCAGGUGGAGGGCACAGCAUCAGCGGCCGUCGAUGUGGUGGUCUCUGAGCCACUGCCGGUGAUCAAGGAAGGGCUGACCAUCAGGGGGCCCGGCUCGGGCCGGCUGCGCAUUGUCAAAGCCUACCACGGCCGCCCGCUCUUCCAGUUCGACGAAGGCGCCGGUCCCGCGGUGGUUCAGGGAGUCACUCUGGCCAUUCACCAUCCCUCCACCAGCACGAUGGUCGUCACGAAGGCCAGGUCCCUCACUCUCACCGACGUGGUCAUCAAGGGCGUCAAGAAGCACAACAGCGGCCGAGGCAUCUACUGCGAAGCUGGGGGCAGGGGCGGCGUGCACCUGACGUUGGAUGCCGUCGAGAUCGCUCACAUGAAGGUCCAUCACGAUGACGGCGGUGGGAUCCUCGCCAACUGCGGCCUGACCGUCAGGUCGUCGGAGGUGCAUUUCAACGCGGCGGGCAGGGGCGCGGGCAUCUUCCUGGGGCCGAUGGCGCAGAAAGUGGACAUCUCAGCGACCAAGAUCAUGAACAACCAUGCAAACGGUGAGCGAAACAUGAAGCAGUUGACGUCAAUUGUGCAUUGAGUUACAAGAGUCUCUCAUCUCCGCUGCGCUUCAGCCGAGGGCGGAGGCAUCUUCGCCACUCAGCCGACAAGCAAGGACAACGAGACGUCUGCAGCCUCACCACCCCUGGUGCUGCACGAGUCCUUGGUGGUCGGCAACUCGGCCACCAAUGGCGGAGGCCUCUUCGCCGGCCGACGGGCGAACAUCACACACACAGGUGGGCGGGGCGGUUAGUGCACAACACAGCGCAGCUCAGCAUUGGAUCGCUCCUUUGUGUGCUGUGGUCUUCCCGCAGUGUUGAUGGUGAAUCAAGCGCCGGAGGGUGGGGGCAUCCAUUUUUCAAGACGGUCUGGGGGAUCUGUCGUCCGUGGUGUGAGCGUCGAAGGGAACCAGGGGAACACAGGUGUGUGUAGGGGUGUGUAUGUGGGAUGUCUUAUCCACAUGUGAUCAAAAAGACAGACAGACAGACAGACAAGAGUGAUCUGUGUGUGGUGUGUGUGUGUGUGUGUGAGUCUGCAGGUGGCGGCAUCAUGUGCAACGCCCCAGUGCAAAUUGAAGACACCACACUCAGACAAAACAGGCACACACACACACACACACGCGACACCACACGAGCACACAACCGAGGCCAUGCCCACGUGUCUGUCUGUCUGUCUGUCUGUUCAGGGCUCGUGGUGCGUCGUCAUACGGCGGUGGUCUGUCCAUAGGGAAGCACUGCGGCACCCCCACCCAACACACCACCAUCACCGACAGCUUCAUCCAACACAACCUCGCACACGCCGGCGGGGGCAUGGCCGUCGACACGCCGGAUGCACACGUCGACAUCGUCCGAACCACCAUCUCAUCUAACGUCGCUGAGGGCCAUUACGAAGGCAAGUCGUCCCUCUCUCUCUCUCUUGCGCCCCUUUGUGUCACACGGAUGCUGUCUCUCUCUCGCCCUCUCUCUCUCUCUCUCUCUCUCUCUCCCUCUCUCCCUCCCUGUCUGUGUGGGUGUUUCUAGGAGGUGGUGGCGGAGUUUGGAUAGGCCAGAGGGUCGCUUCUCUUUCUUUCAGAGAGAGCAUCGUUGCGGCCAACGAGUACAGUGACACCACCAGUGAGGGCACGGAGACCGCCGCCACGGCCAGGAGGCAGAACUGUGGGUCGAGCAGCGAGGAGCAGCCGGGCGUUCAUGACAAAGGGGGCAACUGGGCGCCGCUAUGCCAACAUCUACUCACACACGCUGACACGGUGAGCAGACGAGAAGAACAAGGGAAAGGCUCCCUUUGCAAUGUGUGCGUGUGUGUGUGUGCGUGUAUGGUUGGUCCGCCCACAGUCGCCAGAUGCCCCUGAGGGCAUGGAGGUCCGUCACAGCGUGAUGCCGCUCCCCAAGGCAGGCAGGCCUUCCCAUGGUCGGCCGGCACACCUCCACACACAACACGACACACGUGUGCGCAAGAGUCCAGACAGCCCUCUGCUGCUGUCCUGUCCUGCCCUGCACUGCCCAAACAGACAGCCCGCGAAGCAACAACAGCAACAAGAGCAGAAGGGAGACCCAGGCAGCCCCCCCAUCAGUACCCAAGGCCGCAGCGGCCCUCGCAGCGGCCACUAACAAGGUCUUCCUCAGCUGCUUCGAAGAUGGCGUCGAGUACGGCGUCACGACCAACGCCACCCACCCCCUUGACCUUGGCAGCGCCAGAGUCACCAACAUCCACGCCUGUCAGGAGCUCUGCCAGCAGUCGCCCAACUGUCAAGCCUUCUCCUACAUGGCCAGCGACCGGAUCUGCUAUCUCAAGGCCGCUGAAGAGCCCACGAAGCCAAACGCCGACCUGACGAGCGGGCCGAGAGAGUGUGAGGACCUCAAGAGCAGAACGGACGAUGGGAGAGACGAGGAGAGGGAUGAAGGGGAAGAGGGAGAGGAGUCGGGUGAUGUGGAUGUGUCUGAUGAGACGUGGAUGGAUUUCGUGGAGGGUGUCACGCCGGAGAUGGAGAAGAAGAUACGGCUGGCGAUGCUGGUGAGUGAGGGAGGGAGGGAGGGAGGGAGGGAGUGGGCGUGCCUGAGUGCAACCCCCCGCCCAUCUGUCCAUGGAUGGAUGGAUGGGUAUUGUGGGCGCCACUGUGUGUGCAGAUUGCCAAGCUCAAUCGCGCGACAACUGACGCAGAAGAAGAAGAUUCAGAAGACUCAGAAGACACCGAACAAGAAGAGGUCGACGAUGAGGUCGACAAAGAUGCUGAUGAGCUGGCGGGCCUGGAGGGGCUGGAUGUGGGUGGGGGGGUGGUGACCGAGGCCGCCGUGGCCGCCGUGGCCAGACGCCCCCCCAAGCCCUACCCAGGCGCCACACACAGCCCCAACCCCAACUCCCGCCCCAACCAAGUGCCAAGAACCCCGCCACGGACCCCCCACGCCCAUCGGUACCCUCCCUGCUUCCAAUUGGGCGUCGGCUACCACUUCCCAACGAGACGGGGGGACCUUGGGGACGCGCCCAACGUGACGUCGGCCCGGGUGUGUCAGCGGCUGUGCCAGUGGAAGCCCAGCUGCCACGUGUUUGUGUUUGACCAGAAGAAGGCCACCUGCUACUUCAAGGGGCAAGGUGGCCGGAGGGAGGCGAAGAUCGGAAUGGUGAGCGGCCCGAGGGCCUGCGACGACUCGCUCAUCGGCUACUCGGGCGAGGAUAAUCAUGACGACGGCCAAGGCGAGGAGUACUGGGAAGAGCCGACCGCUGCCCCGGCUGAGCAUGCCGACAAAGAGAGCGCUUCAUCCUCGGCUGCCUCGGCACUGGCCGCCAUCGAUAUACCAGGCAGGUGACACACAAAGGGCCAGAGAGGCAGGCAGACGGUGGACGCUCCUCCCUCCCUCAUCAGCUCUCAUUACGGGUGACGGCGGGUGUUUCGAGAUGGGUGUCGAGUACUCCGACGACAGCCCGGACAGCAACCUGGCCUCGGUCGGCAAAGUCGCCUCCCUCCUCGACUGCCGCGACGCCUGCAGCAGCCGACCCGCCUGCCUCUUCUUCACAUUCGACCCACACAAGUACAUGUGCCACCUGAAGGACGAGAGACUCCCCGUCAGGGCCAAUGCCCACGUCAUCUCGGGGCCGAGAGUCUGUGGCGAGCAGGCGGCCCGGCCGCGGAGAGCACUGUCGACCAUCCCGGCGGCGACUGAGGACGUGGUCAUGAGACACAGGACCACGGCGGUGGCUGCGCAGGUCGACAGUCCGACAGCAGCACGAGCGAGGGUGAGGGAGCCCUCAUGGCAACAGCCAUGGCCACAGUCGCCGCCCAUUCCUGGGGCGUUUGCAGGUACGAAUCUACUCCCAGGCACCGCACCUAAUACCAUUUCUCUCUGCCUGUCCGUGUGUGUGUGUGACGACUGAGCAGUGGUGCUGCAGAAGCAGCAAGGCGCCACCGCCGCCAGCGUCACUCUGAGAGCCGCCAUCGGGCAUCAGUCGACAGCAGGCGUCCUCCUCACCAACCUGUUCACCAUAGCCAGCAGCUAUGAGUAUCAACACCAACACGACCAUCAGCACGAACGCGCCAUAUUCUUCACCCUCGAGCAGCCCCCGCCGGAGACACACCCGCUGCCCGAGGGCUUCCUGGUGUUCCUGGGCUCUCUAGGGCCCGACGAGUCGCCCGAGCGGCCGACAUCCUUUGUGAGGGGGGAGGUGGCCUUCACAACCGUCGGCACACGGCAGCCCGUUCAUGAUCGUGAUGACGAUGACGAUCCUGAUGACGGGUAUCGGCUGCUACGGCCGUCGACAUCAUCACACCGCCAUUUGCAGCACCAGCAGCAGCAGGAGGGCAACACAAGUAAGAGACAGAGAGAGAGGGGGGGGACACGCAUACACUGUUGUGUGCGUGGCCGAUGUGUCCGAUGUGUCCGAUGUGUCUGGUGUGUCUGUGUGUGUGCAGGAGUGCCGUCUCGUCAGUGUCUGUUGUUUCGGUGCCACUCGUCAGCGAGAGCCGGCACUGCUACCAUCGACCUCCGCGGGCUGCUGGGGGCGGAGGACACGAACGGCAGGAGGGGAGCGAGUCUGACCGACUCUGUAGUGCUACACAUGGGUGAGUGAGUGGGUGGGUGGGGUAGGUGGGUGGGCGAGCAUCGGUGACGUUAGCUAUCGACUCGACGACUGAACAUCUUUGUCGGUGCUGUGUGUGUUCAGAGUGUGUCAAGGGCAGAUGAGAUGAGCGGAGCGGUGUGGGUGUGCUGACCUGCCUGAUGCCCUGCGUCCAUUGCGCCUCCCUCUCUCUCUCUCUCUCUGUCUCUCUCCAUCCCUCUGUUUGCUUGUUCUUUGUUGCGUGCAUGGACGCUGUGUGUGUGUGUGUGUGUGUAUGUGCAUGUGUGUGUGUGUAUGUAUGUGCAUGUGCAGUAUUUGUUGUGGUCUUCUCGACACUAACAGGCACACAGACGGGUGGCCAGGUAGGUCCGCCCGUACUGGACGUGACGUGAGCAGAUAGCUAGGUGCAUGUCAUGAAUUCGUGAAGGUCACCAACCAUGAUGACUAAAUAGUCCGUCC